UUAAGCAUAGCACAUAAAUCUGUGCUUAUUUCUGUUCCAUCUGAUGUUCUAACAACAUGCCCAUUAAUCAAACUUCCUUAAAUCCUAUGUCAAAUGACAAAAGACACUUCUUUAUUCAAAAAACUCAUCACUUGGGACCUCUUCUCCCUCUCAAACUCAACUCCCUUUGCCAAGAUUCUAGAUUCUUACAUCAAUUCCAAGUCCCAAUAUGUCAUACAAACUGUCCAUUGUCGAAUUCUCAAGACCCAUUUUAGCUCCGAGGUUUUCAUAAACAACAAGCUAAUCGACGCUUAUGGGAAAUCUGGGCUGUUAAAGUAUGCCAAGAAGGUGUUUGAUAAAAUGCCUGAGAGAAAUACCUUUACUUGGAAUUCCAUGAUGAAUGCAUAUACAACAUCAAGAUUGGUUUUUGAGGCUGAGGAACUGUUUUAUUUAAUGCCUGAGCCUGAUCAAUGCUCGUGGAAUUUGAUGGUUUCGAGCUUUGCUCAAUGUGAAUUGUUUGAUUCGUCGAUAGAGUUUCUUGUGAGAAUGCACAAAGAAGAUUUUGUUUUGAAUGAGUAUGGUUAUGGAAGUGGUUUAAGUGCUUGUGCAGGGUUGAGGGACUUGAGAAUGGGAACUCAACUUCAUGCCUCGGUUGCUAAAUCGAGAUAUUCGAGAAGUGUUUACAUGGGUUCUGCGCUAAUUGACAUGUACUCAAAAACGGGUAAUGUGGAUUGUGCAGCAAAGGUGUUUAAUGGGAUGUGUGAGCGUAAUGUGGUGUCGUGGAAUAGUUUACUUUCUUGUUAUGAGCAAAAUGGGCCAGUGAAGGAGGCUCUUGUGGUAUUCUCUAGGAUGAUGGACUUUGGGUUUAAACCAGAUGAGAAGACCUUGGCAAGUGUAGUAAGUGCUUGUGCGAGUUUGUGUGCGAUAAGAGAAGGUAAGGAAAUUCAUGCCCGAAUUUUGAAAUCGGAUAAGCUUAGGGAUGACCUUAUCAUAUGCAAUGCAUUGGUUGAUAUGUACGCAAAGUUUGGGAGAAUUGCUGAAGCUAGAUGGAUUUUUGAUAGGAUGCCAGUCAGAAGCGUGGUGUCCGACACCUGUUUGGUAAGUGGUUAUGCGAGAGUUGCAAGUGUGAAGACUGCAAGAGCUGUGUUUUUGGGGAUGAUUGAAAGGAAUGUUGUGUCUUGGAAUGCUCUUAUUGCUGGAUAUACACAGAAUGGGAACAAUGAAGAGGCAUUAAAUCUCUUUCUUAUGCUAAAAAGAGAACCUGUUUGGCCAACUCAUUAUACGUUUGGGAAUCUCCUUAACGCAUGUGCAAAUUUAGCUGAUCUGAAACUUGGUAGGCAGGCUCAUGCACAUAUUUUGAAGCAUGGAUUUCGUUUCCAGAAUGGACCCGAGCCUGAUGUUUUUGUGGGAAAUGCUCUCAUAGACAUGUAUAUGAAAUGUGGAUCAGUUGAAGAUGGUAGCUGUGUAUUCACAAAAAUGCUGGACAGAGACUGGGUUUCAUGGAAUGCCGUAAUAGUUGGAUAUGCACAAAAUGGGCAUGCUAUGAAAGCUCUUGAAACUUUCAAGGUUAUGUUAGUAUCCGGAGAGAAGCCAGAUCACGUAACUAUGAUUGGAGUUCUAUGUGCAUGUAGUCAUGCAGGAUUGGUUGAGGAGGGGCGUCAAUGUUUCUAUUCCAUGGACACAGAGUACAGGUUGACACCGUUUAAGGACCACUAUACAUGCAUGGUCGAUUUACUUGGCAAGGCUGGUUGCUUAGAAGAGGCAAAGGAUUUGAUUGAAUCCAUGCCGAUGCCACCAGAUAGUGUGGUAUGGGGGUCUUUGCUCGCUGCAUGUAAAAUUCACAGGGAAAUUGAGCUGGGAAAGUAUGUAGCUGAGAAGCUUUUGGAGAUUGAUCCUACAAAUUCUGGCCCUUAUGUUCUUUUAUCAAACAUGUAUGCUGAACAAGGAAGAUGGCAAGAUGUCAAAAUGGUCCGAAAACUUAUGAGACAACGAGGCGUUGUUAAACAGCCUGGUUGUAGUUGGAUUGAAAUACAAAGUCAGGUUCAUGUUUUCAUGGUAAAAGAUAGGAGACACGCGCAGAAAAAAGAGAUAUAUUUGAUAUUGAAUACACUAACUAAAUUGAUGAAGCUUUCUGGCUAUGUCCCAAAUGCUGGUCAUUUGGAUGGUGAUGAGGAGCAAACCAUGUUGGAUUUUUCCUCAUCUGAAGAGUUUGAAGAACCUGUAAUAGCUGCCAUUGCAUGCUAAGUUGAGCGGACUCGUCAC